AUGCCAGAGGAUUAUCAAACAACUAACAAUGUUAUGGAAUCAAACUUGACUAAUAUGUUGUUGAAGGACUUGAAUGAGCUCUUAAACCUGCACGGUAAAAAAAUUGAAGAUUAUGAUCUCCCAUCUUUACCCCCUAAUACAAUAGACAGAGAUGCAAUUCCAAGUAUCAUACAAGAGGAGUUAGCGAUCGGUAUCCCCAAUGAAGAUACUGAAUCUGUUUCAAAGUUAAAUAAUGAUCAAAUGAUUGCAUUCAAAACCAUUAUAAAUGUAAUUGUUCAAAAACACAGUGGGGUAUUUUUUGUUGAUGGUCUAGGAGGAACGGGUAAAACAUUCCUUUAUCGAACAUUAAUGGCAAUUUUAAGAAGUGGAGGAGAAAUUGUCUUAGCAAUUGCAUCAUCUGGUAUAGCUGCAACAUUGUUACCCGAUAGUAGGACUGCACACUCUCGAUUUAAGAUACCUAUUGAUAUACAACCGAGUGCCAUUUGUGGUAUUCAAAAGCAAAAAGAUCUUGCAAAUCUCAUUAGAGUUGUUGCCGCAAUAAUUUGGGAUGAAGCAUCAAUGACAAACAAAAAUUGUUUGGAAGCCUUAGAUCGAUCAAUACAAGACAUUUGUAGCAACAGUCCUCCAUUUGGUGGAAAAAUUCUGAUCAUGGGGGGAUAUUUUGGUCAAGUUCUUCUUGUUGUAAGAAAAGGUAUUAAGGCAUAA